AUGUGGAAGCCACCGAUAGACUUCCUAUCCUUGCAUUAUGCAUGGAUUAUUACUCUGGGCAUUUUGAGCUUGGUGAUUAUCUAUCCGUACGGUAAUCUGCGAGCCAUCGACGCCUACUUUUUCGGCGCGAGUGCAUCGACCGAGUCGGGAUUAAAUACGGUCGAUGUCAAGGCCUUGAAGACCUAUCAGCAGGUCUACAUCUACCUCAUUCCGAUCCUUGGGAAUCUGGGGUUCAUUAACAUCUUCGUGGUUGUGAUUCGACUGCGUUGGUUCGAGAAACGCUUGAAAGCAGUUGCUCCACACCUUUUGAGACCCCAGCCGUCUACAGCUCGUGAUGUGGAGGUUCAGCUUCAAGUGCCCAGUGACCGGAAAGAUGUUGCAGAUCUACCAAAGACACCGGCCACGCAGAAGAAUAAUGAGGUUGCAGUCGACGAGGUUACGGAAAACUCUCCGAGCGGUUCCUCCGACAUGACGAUAGCCUCAGGAGCCAUUUCAAAAAGCCCCAUCCCCGACCUCGCCCCAUUCCGCCAGACUAUUCAGUUUGCCGAGGACCAGGGACCGUCGACAAACGAGAAAGCUCUUUAUAUUCCCCCGCCAUGGAGGCGGGAUAGAGGUGAUGAUUUUGUCGGCAUCGACGAGGACUCCAUUGAUGAUUCGAAAUCUGUCGUGUCCACCAACACCGACCAAGGACGCAUGGAGGGGCUCCGUCGUCGCCAAACCGCAACGAGUAUCUAUUCCGUCACUACACGACCCCUCGAGCAAGCUGCCUCCAUGAUGUUCAGAGUCGGCGGAUCAGCGGCUCUGAGUCGCACGUCAAGCUCACCGGCGAAUAAACGAGAGUUCAAGAAUCUCGCUCUUCCCAAUAUCUCAUCCCAGGCGACGCAGAGUCGAAACUCCCAGUUCCACAACUUGACAGAAGAGGAUCGGCAAAAUCUAGGUGGCAUCGAAUACCGCAGCUUGAAGCUGCUACUGAAAAUCGUGAUCGGCUAUUUCGUCGGCCUUCAUCUUUUCGGCGCCAUCUGCCUGGUUGGAUGGAUCCUUCACUCCGACCCGAGAUACCGUGAGUAUCUUGCCGAGUGCGGCCAGGGCGACGUGUGGUGGGGCUUCUACUCCGCCCAAACAAUGAUCUCCAAUCUCGGCUUCACUCUAACCCCGGACUCGAUGGUCCACUUCCAAGACGCAACAUUCCCUCUAAUCGUUAUGAGCUUCCUCGCAUUCGCCGGAAACACCUGCUACCCGGUUCUCCUCCGCCUAAUAAUCUGGAUCAUGUACAAACUCACCCCGGUAACCUCCUCAACAAAAGAAACCCUCAGUUUCCUCCUCGACCACCCCCGCCGCUGCUUUACACUCCUCUUCCCCAGCCGUCCAACCUGGAUCCUAUUCGCCAUCCUAUUCGCCAUGAACGCCACCGACGUGAUCUUCAUCAUCGUCCUAGACCUCAAAAACCCGGCUGUUAAUAACCUCCCCGGUGGCCCGCGCUUGCUGGCUGCUAUUUUCCAAGCCGCCUCGGCGCGGCAUACGGGCACGGCGGUAUUCAAUCUGGCGGACGUUAAUCCGGCGGUGCAGUUUAGCUUGGUUGUCAUGAUGUACAUUGCUAUCUUCCCGAUUGCGAUCAGUGUGAGGGCGAGCAAUGUCUAUGAGGAGAGGACGCUCGGUGUCUAUAGUUCGGAGGCUACUGCUGAUGAAAAGGACGGGAGGUCCUACAUCAUCACGCAUAUUCAGAACCAGCUGAGUUUUGAUCUGUGGUACAUCUUCCUCGGCAGCUUUUGUAUUUGCAUUGCGGAGUCGGGAAAGAUUGCGGAUACGAAUGAUCCGGCAUUCUCGGUCUUCUCGAUCUUAUUUGAAGUGGUUUCGGCAUAUGCCAAUGUCGGCCUCAGUCUUGGCUAUCCCACCGUCAAUACCUCCCUGUCUGGAAAGUUCAAUACCUUUAGCAAACUCGUCAUUUGUUUCAUGAUGAUUCGGGGCCGGCAUCGUGGAUUGCCGUAUAGUAUUGAUCGUGCGAUUGUUCUCCCCGGCGAGAACUUUAUCGAUCACGGAGACGACGGUGUGCCACAGAGAAGGGCUUUGUCGCAAUAA